CUUUUAAAAAAGUAUAUGAAGAAACAAAUAACAAAGGGAGGAGGAAAAGGAGAGAAAGUUGUGGGAAAUCAAAGCAAAGGUUUAUCAAGAGAGAAAAGAUAGAAAGCCCUUACGCUUUUGGGUCUCUUCUUCCACAAUCCCCAUAUCAGUAUUCUACCGGCUGCCUGCCAUAGUUGAAGUGCUUUACUUUUCCCCCACCGUCGCAAGCAUAGAUUCUCUAAAGGGUUUGGAUCUCAUCUCCCUAACACCGACAACAAGGGUUUUGCACUGUGUACUUAUUUGGGCAAAUAUAAUGAGCCAUAGCAGAUCCACUACUGGUUCUGGAAGUAGAACUGCUAGAAGCACAUUUGAGUUUGGAAGGACACAUGUUGUCAGGCCCAAAGGGAAGCACCAAGCCACUAUAGUUUGGCUACAUGGCUUGGGAGAUAAGGGUUCAAGCUGGUCCCAGCUUCUGGAGACCCUUCCUCUUUCAAAUAUUAAGUGGAUUUGCCCAACUGCACCUACUAGACCAGUAGCAUUAUUUGGUGGUUUUCCCUGCACUGCUUGGUUUGAUGUGGGGGAAAUUUCAGAAGAUGCUCCUGAUGAUAUGGAGGUUUUGGAUGCUACUGCUGCACAUGUUGCGAAUCUAUUGUCAACAGAGCCUGCUGACAUCAAACUGGGUGUUGGUGGCUUCAGUAUGGGAGCUGCAACUGCCCUCUACUCUGCCACUUGCCGCGUUUUAGGAAAAUAUGGCAAUGGGAACCUGUAUCCAGUUAACCUAAGUGCAAUUGUUGGUUUAAGCGGAUGGCUACCAUGUUCAAGGACCUUGAGGACCAGGAUGGAAGGAUCAUACGAGGCUGCAAGGAGAGCAGCAUCCUUGCCAAUUUUGGUUUGCCAUGGCUUAGCUGAUGACGUGAUCGCAUAUAAACAUGGACAGAAAUCAGCAGAGGCCUUAACUUCAGCUGGAUUUCGAAAUCUUACAUUUAGAACCUAUAAUGGGCUGGGUCACUAUACAGUACCUGAAGAGAUGGAUGAAGUUUGUAAUUGGCUAACUGCAUGGUUAGGCCUUGAAGGGUCUCGAUCGCGCUAGUGAAAGUAAGUGAAGAAUAUGGACUGCUACUUGCAACUUUUAUAGGAGAUUCGAGGCGGCGGAACCUUAGAAUAGAUGCAUAGUUUGGGGUUAUAUGGUAUAGCUCAUGGUUUGGAGUUAUUAUUUACUAAAUUUACCUUUAGGGUAAUCUUCUAUUUGGUGUCUGGCAGACAGGGAAGUAUGAUUAGUUUUUGUAAUUUUGUCUUUCUGGUUCAUGUGAAGCUGUCUGGCAGUUAUGCUCAGUCCAGGAAAAUUUUGUUUGCUUAUAUGUAACUCAAAUAAGGAGUAUGUGUUAUAUAACUGUUGCCAGUGAUAAUGUAUUAUUCUGGGAUGGAUAAUAAGAGCUGGAUAUGGAUGGGCUCAUUUCUCAUCA